AUGAACCAUUUAAGUGGUAACAUUCCUUCUGAUAUCGGGAAGCUUCAAAGGCUGCAGAUUUUAAACCUCGAUGGAAAUAAAUUCCACGGGGAGAUCCCGACAACUUUUGAGAACUUAACUUCGUUACUUUAUCUCAACGUAUCUGGAAAUAAUUUUCGUGGGAACAUCCCUUCACAUAUGGGUAAAUGCCAUUUUUUAUUGUUGCUGUAUCUUGAUCAUAACUAUCUUAGUGGUAUAAUACCCAAAGAAGUUGGCAGUCUCUCAUCGUUGUUGGAUCUAAACCUUGCCUAUAAUAAAUUGAGUGGUUCCCUUCCGUUGGAAAUUGGACUUCUCCAAAAUCUAGAAGAACUAGAUGUUUCUCAAAAUAUGUUGGACGGUAAUAUUCCAAGUUCUCUUGGUAGUUGUGUAAAGUUUACAUCACUAAACAUGAAAGGGAACAAAUUGUGGGGCACCCUUCCUUCAUCUUUAGCUACUUUGAGAGGUAUGGAGGACUUAGAUCUUUCGCACAACAACCUCUCAGGAAAAAUUCCAGACUACUUGGAUGACUUUGUCUUUCUAAAGAAACUAAACCUAUCAUUCAAUGAUUUCGAGGGUCCCGUACUAGAAAGAGGUGUAUUUCAGAAUGCAUCAGCCUUUUCUGUUGAAGGAAACAACAACCUCUCAGGAAAAAUUCCAGACUACUUGGAUGACUUUGUCUUUCUAAGGAAACUAAACCUAUCAUUCAAUGAUUUCGAGGGUCCCGUACUAGAAAGAGGUGUAUUUCAGAAUGCAUCAGCCUUUUCUGUUGAAGGAAACAAGAAACUCUGUGGGGGAAUACCUGAAUUGCAGUUGCAACCGUGCAACUCCGAAGGGUCCGGAAAUAAAGGAUUUACUCUUACCAUGAAAUUAAGUACUUUUAUACCCUCGGGGCUUCUAGGGCUGCUUCUGUUCUUGUGUUUCCUUUAUCUGUGUUUGUUUAAAAGGACAAUAAAUGUACCGUCAGUCAAAAUCUUAGGAAACUCAUUUCCCCAAUUGUCCUACCAAAGUCUACUUAAAGUGACUGAUGGCUUUUCUCCAACCAAUUUGAUUGGUAUGGGUAGUUUUGGUUCAGUAUAUAAAGGUGUUCUUGAUGAGUGUCAGAAAGUUGUUGCAGUUAAAGUACUAAACCUUCAAUUCCACGGUGCUUCCAAGAGUUUCCUUGCUGAGUGUAAGGCCUUGAAGAGCAUCAAACAUCGAAAUCUUCUAAAGGUAAUCACAGCAUGUUCAAGUGUCGAUUAUCAAGGCAACGAUUUUAAAGCUCUUGUGUUUGAGUUCAUGGUCAAUGGGAGCCUAGAGGAAUGGCUGCAUCCAAUCUGGCUGCAUCCAAAUGAAAUCGAAGAAGAUGCCCGAAAGGAAUCAAGGCAUUUAAACACCCUACAAAUGUUAAAUAUUGCAAUUGAUGUGGCAUCCGCAAUUGAUUAUCUUCACCAUCAUUCCUCCAACCCAAUACUUCAUUGUGACUUAAAGCCGAGCAACAUACUUCGAGAUGAGGAAAUGAUUGGACAUGUAGGUGAUUUUGGGUUAGCUAGAUUCCUCCAAGAAGCUACAUAUAGCUCGACUACAAAUCAGUCAAGUUCAAUUGGCAUAAGGGGAUCUGUUGGUUAUGUGGCUCCAGAGUAUGGAUUGGCAAAUGAGUUGUUAACAUGUGGUGAUGUGUAUAGUUAUGGCAUCCUCUUAUUGGAGAUGUUUACCGGGAAGAGACCAACCGAUGGCAUGUUUAGUGAUAGUCUCACUCUCCACAACUUUGUUAAGAUGUCUCUUCCUGAAAAAAUAGCAGAAAUUGUUGAUGCAACAUUAUUUCAACAAAGAGAAAUGGGGGAGGCAAGUUCAAGUAUUGACAACAAUCAGAGUCAGAGCUCUCAUAGCAGUCACAAAAUUCAGGAUUGCAUGAUUUCACUACUUGAAGUUGGAAUCACUUGUUCGGAAGAACUGCCGACCAAUCGACUGAACAUGACUGACAUUGUUCCUCAGUUACACACAAUCCGGAACACUCUGCUUGAAACUGGAGCCCAUCGAGGCAAAAGGAACUAGUAUUGUCAGUCAUCUCGAGUAGGUACCUAAGGUCUAACUGGUCUUGAAGACUUGUUGAUGCAACAUGUUCCUUUGUCGUGUUAUCAAUACCAUCCUAUGC